AUGACGGAAGUGGCGCACAAAAAGCGUGGCAAGUGCUGCGGCUGCGGAUGCCGACAUUGCCCCUACAACCAUGCCAACGUCCCUUCCACGGAACGCGCAGCCCGCAUUCAGCAGCCAGCAUGGCUGCACAAGACUUCCAUUGAAGCUGAAGAAGUUGAUAUCCUGUUCUGGAGUGGGGGUAAGGACAGCUAUCUUGCUCUUCGAACUCUUCUGAAAGAGAAAGGCGAGGGAAGGAGGGGCGUCGUGCUUAUGACCACCUUCGACGCAAGAACGCGCAUUAUUGCCCACCAAGAAGUAGAGAUCAAGACCGUGGUGCGCCAGGCGGAGACUCUAGGUGUGAGCCUGGUAGGAGCCCCCUUGCACCCCGGCCGAAAGUAUGAAGAGCAGCUGGAGCAAGCACUUCGUGUGGCACAGAAGGGCCUCGUCGGGAUUCCAAUCACUCGGGUGUGCUUUGGAGAUCUGCAUUUAGAGCACAUUCGGAGCUGGCGAGAGCAACAGCUCACUCCGGUGGUAAGGGAGGUUUGCGGCCAGUCAGCUCAGCUUCACUAUCCUAUCUGGCACAAGAGCUACGAGGAUCUCAUGGCCGACUUGGUUUCGAGCGGCGUGAAGUGCCGGAUCAGUGCCAUGCCGGAUGCUGCACCAAGCGAGGUCAAGGGCCUAUGCGUCGGUGCGCUCUUCGACCCAGCUCUUGCGAAGCAGGCGACGUCCAUUGGCUGGGAUGCCUUCGGCGAGAACGGGGAGUUCCAUUCCGUGGUCGAGUAUGUUGAUGGAAGCAGGUUGCGCGCCGGUGAGCUGCCUCCAUCGGAAGUGGAGGCAGAUCCGGCUCGGGCCAAUGCAGCCAAAAUGGCUUUUUCCGAGAUGAGCAAGAAGCUCGGCGGCGAGCCUGACGUUGUGCAGGCCUGCAUGCGCCCAUGCCCGCCCGAUGCUCUGCCUAUCAUGGGCAAGGUGCCUCAUGUUCGUGGUGCUUACAUCUCCGCCGGCCACAACUGCUGGGGCAUACUUUGGGCACCUGUCAGUGGUCUGGCGAUGUCGGAGCUCAUCAUCGACGGACAAUCUUCUUGUGUGGAUUUAAGGCACUUCCGACCCAGCCGCUUUGCGAACGCUGGCCCCAGGGCUCCUCAGAGGGGGAGGAAGAUGGGAACCGUUCCCGUGGGCGAGGGUCCCUCCUACUGCCCCUUAAUGAAUGGAGUCUUCGACCCAGACCCAAACUCAGUGCAGGCUGCAGAGCUGCUCCAGCUAAGGUCGACGAUGUACGGCAUCAAUGGCUAUGGCAUUGAGGCCGGUCAAUUUCUCAUUUGA